CUACCUACCACUGCGGGCUGCAGACCUCUUCGGCAGAAGCGAAGUAUGAGUAACUAUACCUAUGCGCAUUGUGGACAAGAUUCAUAAACUUGUAACAGCUCGCAUCUGUAACUUUUCCUCUUCCUUUUUCUUUCUUUCACUUUUUGCAGGAUGCGACGAUUCUUUGGAAAUCACUAGCGCUCGACCAAGCGCUGGAUCACAUUCUAAUCAAAUUUCCGACGCGACCGUGGUAAGCUAUCGCAUAUUGUGGUUGCACACCCAUCAAUCGGACAAUGAACCGUGACUACCGUGGGCCUCUAAGCGCCCUUCCGUCCAUAGUAUACUACUGUUGUCCCAAAAUCUAUAGUUAUCGUUUGGGAAUCUCGAGACGAAUAUACAAUCAUGUGAUUGCUCCGAUACUUAAUGAGAGGAGAACGUAGAGAGCUCGC